AUGGCGCACGGAACGCUGGGGCCUGAUACUGUUAUCAACAGCAUCCACGACAAAAGAAUACCAGGGGCACUCAAUGGCAACCUCAUCAACGACACUCUCCUUCCUGUACACAUCCCAGAGACAGUCGCAACACCCGCAAACAAAGACACGCCCUCGCUCUUCUCCCUGAAGAACACCACCACUCUCGUGACAGGAGCGGCCCGUGGGCUCGGUAUCACAUUAGCAGGUGCUGUGCUUGAGUCGGGUGGUCAUGUGGCCUGUGUUGACAUCCUCGAUGAGCCCGUGGGCCCAGAAUGGGAGGCUUUACAAAAGCGAUCAAAAGCGAACUCGCUCUCCUUGUCCUAUUACCAGUGCGACAUCACCGAUGAGGGACCAAUGCAAAGGGUUUUCGAUCUCGUUGCCAUUGAGGCCCGGCAGAGAUCCGCCCCUUUCAGAGGGACAAUAGCCUGUGCCGGCAUCCAGCAGAAACUGCCCGCGCUGGACUAUCCAGCGCAAGAUUUUGAACGAAUCCUCAAGGUCAAUGUCACAGGUGCAUUUGUCACCGCAAAGUAUGCGGCGAAGAAGAUGGUGGAGCACGGCGUCUCUGGAAGCAUUGUCAUGGUAGCUUCGAUGUCUGGGAGUAUCGCCAACAGGGGCCUUACUUGUUCCGCCUACAACUCGAGCAAAGCUGCAGUCCAGCAAAUGACCCGCUCGCUGGCACAAGAGUGGGGACAGUAUGGUAUCAGGGUCAACUCGCUUUCCCCAGGGUACAUUCGCACCGCCAUGACAGACGCGUUGCUGCAAGCGGAGCCCCAGGUCGAGGAGAAGUGGAUGGCUGGGGCGCUAUUAGGUCGUUUAGGAGCGCCUGAGGAUUUCAAGGCCCCGACUGUUUUUCUCCUAGGUGCCGGUAGUAGUUUCAUGACGGGUGCAGAUCUGCGAUCUCACCCUGUCGGUAGCGGAGGUCAGAUUCGGGACAGUCCUGUCGUUCAACUGCUGAUGCGAACAGAAUACACCAUGAUUGCUGCAAGGCCAAACUCGAACUCGGGGCAUAAACGGUCCCGGACAGGAUGCAUGAACUGUCGUCGCAAGAAGAAGAAAUGCGACGAAGGGAAGCCCACUUGUUACAACUGCGUCAAAACAUCAGAGAAAUGCACAUGGGGUCGGCCGCUGAGCUUCCUGCCGCAAAACGCCUUCACCAUCAACGAAGAUUCAACUCCUGCGAACAUGUGUGGGCUGAUGGACUACCAUGACGGGGUGGGAGGUGGCGGCUCGGUGUCAAGCGACAGCCAAGAGCCUGCUGUAGCGGGACAAGGGAUGCACAGUCAGUAUCUGGAUCUGGUGUCACGAUCUUCACCAGCAGGCAUGCCCUACGGAGCCGCUUCCCCGGAGCUUGAAGCCAGCGAACCCACGGCCAAGCGCUUCAUCUCGACUAUAAGUCCUGUCUCCUCAGAUUUCGCGCCAGGCAGACCCUCAAUACGGCAGGACCUGGCAGCGGCGACCACGACGUUCACGUCGCUGCCGCCCUAUGCUGGAGGUGCCCACACAACACCGGAGCAGGGGCAAUCUCAGAUGGAAUCCUGCCGGAGCCUCCGCAGUUUAAGGUUCUCUUUCGAUGCUGUUGACAAUGCCGGCCAACUCACGGCACCUGUGGAAUUCAGUCCAGCCUUCGAGCUCUCGCCAGAACUACUUCUCGAUGACGGCAUCUUUAUUCCUGGAUCGACUUAUCAAGAACUCCACUCCACGCUGCGGCAUAACAUGUUGAGCACGGCAAGAUCGAAAGAGGCGAGCCGUCAGCCAAGUCAAGAACGCGAUGCGCAUGGCGUCCAACCAGUCGGUCAUGCUACAACACAUACAGACUCCCAGGCUCGCGGGCAAAGCCAGCCGAAUCAGUCAGACCCAUCCGAGGUCGAGGUGGUUCUGAGCGCCGAGCAAGAGUACCGUCUCUGGAAGAACUGGAUUGAUGAAAUCGCCCACUGGCUGGAUAAGUUUGACCGGGAUCGUCAUUUUGGCCAGACGCUGCCGGUGAUGGCGAAGACAUGCGCUCAUUUGCGGUAUGCCAUGCUCGCACUCAGCGCACGGCAACUGGAGAGGAAAGACAAGUCAAUCCCGGCGGCCCUCACACUGUCACUGUACUCCGCGGCGGUGCACUUGCUACUCGCGCAGCUGCAUCUCCGCAACACCCCCGUGCUCGCUUCUUGCGUGGUCAUUUGCGUGCUGGAAAUGAUGAGCUGUUCUCCCAAAGCAUGGCGGCGGCAUCUCGACGGCUGUGCCUGUCUCAUCCGGUCGAUGCACAUCUACGGCGACAGUGAGGGGAUCGAACGGGCACUUUUCUGGUGUUUUGCCAGAAUGGACGUCUGCGGCGGCCUCAUCAGCAAAGAACGAACGCUCAUCCCGGUUGCCGAGUGGACUUCGGAGCCGUCUUUCGACGCCGCCGUCAAAUUCUUUUCGUCGCGUCCGACUGUCGACUGGAGUGCCUGCUAUGCCUCGUACCUCAGCGCGUCCACCAUCGAUCUUCUCUUCGCAUCGACUACUUACGAGGAUCCUCGCACACCUCCGGGCUGGUCUAAGCAUGACCCCUCGUUCCCCCAGAGAUGGAGCAGACUCUUUGGCGUGAUUGAACAGUGGUACGAGAAUCGUCCGCCAGAGAUGCUGCCCCUCGUCACCCACAGCGCCACGAGCAGCCAACCAUUUCCGACCUUGCUGUUUGGCAGUGGCGCGGCCACCUCUGGGAACCAGCUCCAUCACGCCGCCGCGAUGCUAAUGCUCCAGUACAUUCCGCGACACCUCAAGUGCCCCCCUUCGCACUCACUGUUGUGGCACGCGCGUCGAGUUUGUGCCAUUUCCAUAUGCAAUGAGCACCAUGGCUCGUGGACAAAUUCCAUCCAGCUCCUCUGGAUGGCAGGCCAGUUCAUGAGUCAUCCCACAGAGCAUCAGGCUAUCAUAGACAUCUACGCACGCAUCGAGAAAGAGACAGGGUGGGGUGCAACAUGGAGAGCUGAUGAUCUCAAACAAUUUUGGGGUGAGAUCGAUUGA